CAGCGGAUCUUCUAUCAAAGAUGGCGGACAAAAGUAUUGGAAGUCUUAUAAACCACGUUGUGUUGCCUGGCGAUGUUAUCGGUAGUGUAGCUGAUUUGGAAGGAAGACUUGAAGGGAGAAACAAAAUUAAGCUCGGUCCAGGCUUAAGAGAAGUAAAUGGCGUGAUCAUGGCCUACAAAGCGGGGGUUUUUAGACAUCGAAACCCGUCAAUCUACAUGAUCGAUUGCAAUCAAAGAAGGGUUAGUAUCUUCGAAGUAUUUUUGUUCACAACUCCAGGUUUUUUUUCUUUCUGAUCACGAUAUAUGGAAUAAUUGUAACGAAAAAUUCUUGCAAUUUAUCGUUGCGCGAAAAUUACAACACCGUGUAACAUGCUGGAGAAAACGUUUUCCUUCAACUUUUAACUUUGCAUCACGUUGCGAGGUUUUGACUUAAAAAUGGAUGGUAACGCAAGGUGAAGAAUGUUUGUGAAAUUGAUUUGUGUUACAUGGCUGCCAUCAACUUAUUUUGUGCGUCAACUUCGCAGAAUUUCAUUCACUUUUCCAGCGACGGAAGUUAAACAAACGAAAUGCGGGACCUGGGCUCAAACGUUGCGGAAAUUGUUAUGCUCAAUAUCAUAUCAUGUAACAUUACCUUUGCGUAGAGAAAAUACACAAGCAAUUUUUUGGCCCCGUCACCUGUGUGUCUGCUCCUCAUUCACUUCUUGAGAACCUUUAAACUAGACUUGGUUUAAGCUCAUGUUGUGGAGCGUUAGAUUGCCUUGUGGGAGGUUUAGGGUCCAAGCCUUAGAGUGGACCAACACUCAGGGUCAUAAAGAAAAAACUGAGGAGAAAGUGUUGCCUUUAUUAUGAAAUUUGCAAACAGUUAGAUAUUCUAGUGUUCUCAUAUUAGAAUGAUAAAUUGUAAAACCUGUCUCCCGUCUUUUUGGAUGAGCUAAUAGAAUACCAGGAUUUCUGAGUUUCUCUCUGCCAAUCAGACAAAAGCCUCCUUUGUUGUGUCCUGCAACCUCCCUUCAUUGGUCAGCAGGGAAUGUUAAGGGACCCAUGCACCUCUCUCAAAAAACAGGGAAUGUAGUUCACAGAGUUGUGGUCUGGUCAUUUUAGAUAGUAUUAUUACAAGCCCCAUUCAAACCUGGUUUAAAGCUGAACUUAGCCAACCUGUUUAAGCAUUGCAAGAAGAUAAAUAAAAAUAAAUAGAUUUGUGACAUGCUUUUCAGUACAUUCCAGUGAAGGAAGAGAAAGUCAUUGGAAUCAUAACAAACAGAGGCUCUGAUAGUUACAAAGUAGACAUUGGAGGGGCAAUGCCUGCAUCAUUACCAAGUUUAUCAUUCGAGGGAGCCACUAAGAAGAAUAAACCUAAUCUUCAGGUACAAAAAAAAUUAAAAAACAAAUAUAUUUUUAAAAAAAUUAGAUAUAACAAUCUGUGUACUUUGUCUAGCUGGCUGAACCAUUUUACUUCAAGAUCUCAUUAGUAGUUCUUCUUACUGUUUGCUGUACAAGUUGUGUGAUGUUAGUUUGGAGAAUUUGAACUUUUUUGUUUUUACCACAUUUUGACAUCAUUUUUGAUCUAUUACUGAACAUACACACAGAAACUUGGAAUCUUUUUGUCAAUCAUUUACUUGCAGGGCUAAAAAUUGGCGGUCGCAUGGUCGCCAGUGGCGAGUUCAAACUGACCAGUGCCUGACCAAAAGUUAAAGUUUGAACGCCCGAUGUGCGACUAUGCUACAGAAUGCAAAGUACAAAGUUAAAAAUAAAACUCAAUAUUUAGUUUCAUUGGACUAACUUUCUCUUUGUUUCUUUGCCUGGACUCUAAGAUCAUCCAUUGUAGUGAAUUUUUAGUUCUGAAGUGGAAAUUCCAAGCCGUUUUAGCAGUGAUUUCAUGAGCUUGUUCUUUCCUUUUAGUUUAUGCUCCAAUAAAAGCCAUGGGGCAUUUAUCUAAGUUUUUCAUUUUAAACUAAAGGAAAUUGAGGGCUACUUCAUUUUGGGAUGGGCCACUAAGAAUUCAAAGAAACUGGCCUGACUGGCCACCAAGCACUGGAGUUAGUUUUUAGCCCUGCACUUGCAGCUGAUAAUCAGCUACCUUAGUGUUUUGAGAAAAGGAUUUACAACUGAUCAAUUUUAUCAAUUUCAGAUAGGGGAUAUUGUUUAUGCCAGGCUUUGUGUUGCAAAUAAGGACAUGGAACCUGAACUGGAUUGCACAGAUGGCAGUGGAAAAAGCACUGGUCUGGGACAGCUGUCUGGAGGCUUUAUGAUCAAUUGUUCACUUGGACUUUCAAGAAAGUAAGUGAGAUUUCCGAGUUUUUUUAAUCCCAUACAGUAAUUGGUCCUGUGGCCCCAAGUCAUGUUGCCCCUCCAAAUGUUGUCACCUACAUGCCACUAAUAGGCCAUAGGUCUUACAUGACUCUGAGUUUAGGGGGAAUUAAAUACAAGAAAUUCAUCAUUUAUCUUGCAACCUCGAAGUGAUUUGUUUUGUUUUAUUCUCCCAUGCCUCAGAGCCAAAUUUGAAUUUGAAUAUAUCGAAUAUGGCCUACUAGAGUAUGUAGGAAUUUCCAUAAGGGAGGUUAUAAAUAUUCAUACCAAUAAGAAUAUGCGUACAUACCAGAUUGUUUAAUAAUGGGUAUGGUAUCAUUUCCUUUUAUCAAUUUUCACUUGCACAUCUAGGUUAACCUGAGCUUUUUUCUAGCAAGAAAUAAAGCCCAGUGCAGAGGUCCAGUUUUGAGACCUGGUGGAGUAAUUUUGUUUGUCCUUAAUCCUUUAUUUCCCAGAAGUGAUUAAAAUGUAACAUCUCCCUACAAUAUCCAUACACUAUUCAGCAAACAAGUAAUAAGAAUGCUCAAACUUAUCAGGUAGAAGUUCUUAUCAAUGAUGUAACACCAAAUUCAUGUAAUUUGCUCACAAGGAAAUGGUUAGCAGCUAAAGGGGAGAAUUAAUAAUCUGAUCUUGGGAGUUACAGGGUUAAGUAGGAUACUGUACUUUACUCGCACAUUACCUCUCUCCACUCAGAAGUAUAAAUGGGUUCAUGUGAACUGUCAGGGAAAGCAAGCAAAAUCCCAGAAGGGUGGGUGGGGGGCAAGGGCUUGGGCUUGCUUUAGAUAAAUGAAAGUGCUUCUCAUGCUGCAUCUCUCCACUCAGGAGUAUAAAUGGGUACCUGUGAACUGUCAGGGAAAGCUAGCAAAAUCCUGGAAGGGUGACUGGGGGGGGGCUUGGGCUUGUGUUAGAUAAAUGAAAUUGCUUCUCACACUGUCUCUCUCCACUCAGGAGUGUAAAAAGGUACGUGUGAAUUGUCAGAGAAAGCUAGCAAAAUCCUUGAGUGGUGGAAGGAAGGGGUGGGGGGGAGGGAGGGCUAGGGAUUUGAUGAGAUGAAUGAUAGUGCCUCUCUCCACUCAGGAACAUAGGUGGGUACAGGCAAACUCUCAGGGGAACGUGAAAAAAAUGUCAGUAGGAGGGGAGAGAAGGGUAAGGGUGAGAAGAGAAAGGGGAGGGCUGGGGACCAGAGGGGUAGUUUAUGACUAGCAUCCCAUCAAAGUUAGAGUGGUUUUAUUUUUUAUUCACUUUUUGGUUUAGAAACCAAUAUACUGUAAGCUCUGGCUGGAAUGGCCAGUAGGUUUUGAAACCAACUUCACAUGUACCUUGUGCCUUUGGUAAACUUUUGUGGCUCAAAUUUUAAUGAUUGUUUGACUAUGUGAUUCUCUCAUAGACUCCUCAGCAAAGAAUUUGUUCUUCUAAAAUGUCUUGGAAAGCACUUUUCAUUUGAAUGCACUGUGGGAAUGAAUGGUAGAGUGUGGAUCAAUUCAUCAUCAAUACCCCAUACGAUUACUGUUGCCAAUGCUGUCUCGAACUCUGAAUACAUGAACAACAAUCAAAUUGAGACAAUGGUGAAACAGCUUGUGAAAGGAAUACAGUCAUAAGAACAGCAUAAAUCUUAUCCUCUGAGUAAUUUUCUUGAAUUUCUUGAUGGAAAGAACAAGGAAACAAAAAAACCACCGUUUUGAAAAGUGAUACUGUAUUUAAGAUUAAUCUCAAGAUUUAACUAUCCAUGUAUCUCUCAGUUAGUAAAUUUACUAUGAUCAGUCAAUUUAAUGAGCCAUAUUUCAUCGUACAGCCCGCUGAAUUCAAAAUUUGUUUGUACGUAAGUCUCUCCCCUGUAUUUGAACCCUGAGAUAUCAUAUCUCACUAAGUUGUUUUCUUGGUCUGUGUUGUCAGUUACAGAACCUCCCUUUUUUUUUGCUCAGAUUUAUAACCUGUGCACUUUGCACCUGGGUCAUAAAUUCAAGCACAGAAAAGUUGGUCCAUGACUUAUAGUGCCAACUUCUAACUCAGAGCUUCACAAUGCGUGAAUGGAAUACACAAAAUCACUUCAAAGAGUUCUUCAUAAAAUCAGUUGGGAUCUCUGAGGAAAGUAAGGGUGUUCAAAAGUGCCUUUCAAAGAGGUCAUGGCAAUUGUAUUGCAUUGUAUUUCAAGUAUAUUGCUCACCGCAACUACACCUGCAAGAGACAUUUUGUUUAAAAAAACCGAGUCUCACUUGUAAUCUUUAAAUAUUUCAGACAAUUUGUAUUUCAUAACGCAAAAAGGAUCAUGGUAUAAUUAUUUACUUUGUCUAAGUCUUGCCUUUAAAAAAAGAUUGUAUGUUCAUUCAGCAUAAAAAUAGAAAAUAUGUUUAUAUAACACGAUAAACAACCCAGUUUUAACUUUUUAGGUGAGCUUCUCCACAGAGG